UCUCCUUAAUAGGAGGUCACGUGAUAUCACGUGAUAUGAAUAUUCAUAGACUUUUCCAUAUUUAUCAAAUUUAUGCAUGCGAUUAACCAAUGAAAUGCCGCCAAGGAAUAGUAAACAGUCGAUGACGACAAGAUAGGCAACUGGUUUGCCCAAGCCAUCAGCUGUUUUUGACAGAAGGGUUAUUGUGGAAACAAUUUUUUCAAAUAUCUGCUUGCACCGCUCGUUUAUUUUAAAACAUAAUUGCUCACAAGUAGAACGUGCAUCGAUUAUUACGCAACAAUGUUGAGUGGCGUCACCAGUUAUUUAUUUGGCACCAGGCCAAAAGAACUGGAGCCAACAGAUGGUGAUGAAGCUGGAACUAAAGAAGUUGAUGUGCCAACUCGAGACGGGGAACUAGGGUGGGUGAUAGUCGACACCCCAGAGGUUAAAAAAGCAGAAAGUGCAAAGAGGAAAAAUAGCUGUAAUGUUGAUACGAACCCGUUGGAGAACCUGCUCAUAGAACACCCCAGCAUGUCUGUGUACACAUCGCUGGAGUGCGACGAGAAGGCCAACGCCAUUUCGCAGGAUUCCGGUGAUAUGGAAGUCGAAGCAAGCAGCGCUGCCGUUGUCACUGCCGCCUGCCGCGACAAGAAGCGGGUCACCCACCAGCCUCCGAGACGGGCACGCGCAGUUGCAGCGCGCGCUGGCCUCAUUGCUCAGAUCGAGAACAUCAAGGAGGCCCAGCGUGAACAGACCCGCUGGGUGACGAAGAAACUCAGCCGCAAGCUUACCAACAAGGAGAACAAGGUCAGGGAACAUAGUGCCUUAGGGAAGCAGCAGAGCAAACGCGCACGCAUUCAGAAACCCUCGGGAUGCAUGAGCGGCCGAAUGGGGCAGAGGAAGCUUUAAUCAGCUGUGUCUUUAGUCUCUCCUCUCUUCACGUUCUUGCCACUGAGUGGUUGACGAAUUCAUCUCUGGGUUGUUUAUAUUAAUAUUAAUAUAUAUAUAUAUAUAUAUAUAUACACACACACAUUGUAUUGUAUACCUGUAUAUAUAUAUAUAAAUUGUGUGUUUGUGUUCCACCAUUUUCUCAAAUGUAUUUUUGCUUGCAAUUUGUUUAUAAGUAAAUACAUUUGGACAAAAUAUGUUGUUUGUAAAUGUGUACAUGUUUUUAAUGGAGGUAGUAUCAAAAUAAGUUUCUAUGUAUUAUUUAUAUUACGUUUCGUUUGUGUAUUGGAAAUACCUGACUAUUGGUACAUUAUAUGUUAUGUACCUACAAUGCAGAUUCGUUCCUUUCAAAAACUGUUUUUGGAAGAAUUCUUAGAUGGAUAAAAUAUCCUGUAAUAUAGUGGUCAUUGUUGGUUAGUUGGACAUAUUUAACAUAUCUUAUGUUGGUUUUUUCCUCGAAAUAUCAUGUUUUUGAUACAUGUAUACAAAAAUUUAAUUGUUCUUUUGGGCAUCUACAAAGUUUCAUCAAUUUAAAUUAUGAUAGAAAAUUUUAGACUUUGUGUCUUAAUCUGUGGCAUCUUUUCUUGAAAUAUUUUCUCUAUAUUAUAUAUACAUGCAUUAUUUAAUUAUCAAGGAGUUGGUUUUUCGAAAAAUCUCUUCACCAAUUUGUUAAUCCGUAAUGUUUUGUGGUAUAUGUGUUCUUUGUAAUAGGUCCGUUUACCUUCCAAACCUACAAAAAGAGUAACUGUAGAAAAAAAAAAAAAAAAAUAGAAAAAUGAAAAGUACAAAAUAGAAGUAAACAUUGUAUUAGAUAGUUUUAAUGUAUUAAGUUAGUUUGUUGGUUGGUAUUUAUUCUAUAAUAACG